UGGAGAUUUUUAUGACAUUUUUCCCCGUCCAAAAUCUUUGUGUUCCACCUUUGUCCCCUUGCCUCUAGCUUGUCUCCUCAUGCUCCCCGACAACGUCAUAAUUCCCACCUCUCUCUCUUUAACCCUAAUUCCAAAGCAACUUCGUUAUAUAAAUCCCUCUCUCUCUCUCUCUCCCUCACCAUCUCACAAACACACAAAGCAAACUUCAUCACAUUUCAGGGAUCUUAUCACAAACCCAAAGAAAAAGAGAAGAAGAAGUAGAUCAAGAGUUAAAGAAGAGAGACUCUAAUAGUUGAAACAAACAACAAAAAUAGUAGGAGAAUAUGGCGUUUGAAGAAGUCAUCAAUGGGCUUAACCUUAAGGACACCGAGCUUCGUUUGGGAUUGCCUGGAACAGAAGAACAACAACUUGAAGUUUCUUGCGUCAGAAGCAACAAGCGCAAGAACAGCGACACGAAAGAAGAAUCUGCUCCUCCUCCUCCUUCCAAAACACAAAUCGUAGGUUGGCCUCCAGUGAGAUCUAACCGUAAGAUCAACAACAACAACAAAAACGUUAGUUAUGUGAAAGUAAGCGUGGACGGAGCUCCAUAUCUCCGUAAGAUAGAUCUCAAGAUGUACAAAAACUACCCAGAGCUUCUCAAGGCACUCGAGAACAUGUUCAAGUUCACAGUAGGUGAAUACUCCGAGAGAGAAGGCUACAAAAAGGGAUCUGGAUUUGUACCUACUUAUGAGGACAAGGAUGGAGAUUGGAUGUUGGUCGGUGAUGUUCCAUGGGACAUGUUCUCUUCAUCUUGCCAAAAACUCAGAAUCAUGAAAGGAUCUGAAGCUUCUUCUUCCUUAUGAUCCCUGCCCUUUUAGUUGGCUCUGGUCAUCAAGUUUCCUACUUUAUUUUAGAGAUCUUUUUAGACAUAAAAACAAAGUUUGAUGUAAAGAAAAACAAAGAGAAAGAGAGAGAGAGAGAGAGAGAGAGAGAGAGAGGUAUGAACAAUAGGGAUACAAACACUAUAGCCCGUUAAUUAUGUAAAGAUCAGUUUUGAUUAUACAAAGUUUAUAUGUA